AUGGUCCAAUCCGCAGUCCUCGGUUUCCCUCGCAUGGGAGCCAACCGUGAGCUCAAGAAGGCCACGGAGGCUUAUUGGGGUGGCAAGCUGUCUCAGGCCGACCUCCUGAGUGAGGCCAAGCGUCUUCGUCUCGCCCACUGGAAGAUCCAGAAGGAUGCCGGCGUCGACGUGAUCCCCAGCAACGACUUUGCCCUCUACGAUCAGGUCCUGUGCCACAUCCAGGACUUCGGCGCUGUUCCCGAACGGUACACCAGGGAUGGCCUUGGUGUCGUUGACCAAUAUUUUGCCAUGGGCCGUGGCCACCAGAAGGAGGGCGUUGAUGUUCCCAGCCUGGAGAUGGUCAAGUGGUUCGACUCAAACUACCACUAUGUCAAGCCUACUUUCCAGGACAACCAGACCUUCAAGCUGGUUGACAGCCCCAAGGCCCUCGUCGAGUUCAAAGAGGCCAAGGAGGCUGGCAUCUCCACGCGCCCCGUCCUUGUCGGUCCCGUGAGCUUCCUCCAUCUCGGCAAGGCCGACCGCGAUCAGUCUGUCGACCCCAUCGAUUUGCUAGAGAAGCUCCUUCCCGUCUACGAGCAGCUUCUAGCCAAGCUCAAGGAGGCCGGUGCCGACACCGUCCAGAUUGACGAGCCCGUCCUCGUCUUUGACCUCCCUGCCAAGACAAAGGCGGCCUUCAAGCCCGCCUACGAGAAGUUUGCCAGCCUCGGCGGCAAGAUUCCCAAGCUUUUCUUCACCACCUAUUUCGGCGACAUUGUUCACAACCUGGAUCUCCUUCCCAAGGACGUGUAUGGGGUCCACAUUGACCUUGUCCGCAACCCUGAGCAGCUCCAGACCGUUAUUGGCGCUCUUGGGCCCAAGACUAUUCUGUCGGCCGGUGUUGUCGACGGCCGCAAUAUCUGGAAGACCAACAUGAAGUCUGCCAUUGAGAUUGUCGAGUCGGCCGUCCAGAAGCUUGGCAAGGACCGCGUCGUCGUCGCCACCUCAAGCUCUCUCCUCCACACCCCUCACACCUUGGCCAGCGAGAAGAAGCUGGACGCUGAGAUAGCGGACUGGUUCUCCUUUGCCUGCGAAAAGGCCGUCGAGAUUGCCCUCAUUGCCAAGGCCGUUACCGAGGGCCCUGCCGCCGUCCGCCAACAGCUUGAGGCCAAUGCCAAGUCCAUGCAGUCCCGAGCCACAUCGACCCGAACCAACGAUCCCAAGGUCAAGGAACGUCAGUCCAAGGUCACCGAGCAGGAUCACAAGCGCAAGUCGGAAUUCACGACUCGCAUCACUGCCCAGCAGAAGAAGCUCAACCUUCCUCUGUUCCCGACAACCACCAUUGGCUCGUUCCCUCAGACCAAGGAAAUCCGCGCUCAGCGAAACAAGCUCUCCAAGAGCGAAAUCACCACCGAGGAAUACGACAAAUUCAUAGAGCAGGAGAUUCGGGACAACGUCAAGAUUCAGGAGGAGCUUGGCCUCGACGUCUUUGUCCACGGCGAGCCCGAGCGCAACGACAUGGUUCAGUACUUUGGCGAGCGUCUGGAUGGCUAUACCUUCACCACCCACGCUUGGGUGCAGAGCUACGGUUCGCGCUGCGUGCGACCCCCUAUCAUCGUCGGCGACAUCUCUCGUCCCGCUCCCAUGACCGUCAAGGAGUCCAAGUACGCCGUGUCGGUUUCCAAGAAGCCCAUGAAGGGCAUGCUGACGGGUCCUGUCACCUGCCUGCGGUGGUCUUUCCCCCGCGACGAUGUUCACCAGUCCGUCCAGGCUCAGCAGCUGGCCCUGGCUCUGCGAGACGAGGUCGUCGACCUCGAGAAGGCCGGCGUCGAUGUCAUCCAGGUCGACGAGCCCGCGCUUCGCGAGGGCCUGCCCCUUCGCUCCGGAAAGGAGCGCGACGCCUACCUGGACUGGGCCGUCAAGGCGUUCAAGCUGUCCACCUCGGGUGUUGAGGACUCGACCCAGAUCCACUCUCACUUCUGCUACUCCGAAUUCCAGGACUUUUUCCAUGCCAUUGCCGCCCUUGACGCCGAUGUCUUGUCGAUUGAGAACAGCAAGUCUGACGCCAAGCUCCUUCGCGUCUUUGUCGACUCGGCGUACCCUCGCCAUAUUGGUCCUGGCGUGUACGAUAUCCACUCCCCCCGCGUCCCCAGCCAGGAAGAGAUCAAGCACCGCAUCGAGGAGAUGCUGCGCUACCUCAAGCCUGAGCAGCUGUGGAUCGACCCUGAUUGCGGCCUCAAGACCCGCCAGUGGAAGGAAACAAAGGAGGCUCUGACUAACAUGGUCAACGCCGCCAAGGAGUUCCGCGCCAAGUACACCAAAUAA